GCAUUGUUUGCUAUGUUUCCAUUUUUUAAUGCUCUGUUAGCAUUGCUAGCAAUGCUAACAGCAUGUUACAAGGGUCCCCUAAUUUCACCUUACUUUCUGCUUAAAAUGUCCUAUAUGAACUAGAAAAUAUGCAUAUCUAAGCUUUUAUUUUAAUAAUGCCAACUCUUAACAUGAUAUUAAAUUGAAUCGCUGGGCUUAUUUGUGGGACCGCAUCUUUGCCUGCGCCGCCUGUUGGAAACGUGGCGUUUCUUCACUUUGCCUAUGGGAUCCAACGACUCCUAGUGGUGUACAGUGACAUCGCAUUUUUCUUACGCCAUGAAAACAUGGCAACACCCUUGUUCACUUAGAAUUAGGCACCCUAAAUAGUGUACCACACGCUACAAAAAUGAGGUGCGCACAGAUUUACAGCAUUGUUAGCAAUACUAAAAAAAUGUUUUUUGAAGUUCAAGUUUUGUCUAAGGCAGGAGCUAAUAUGUUUAAAAAUUUCUUAACGCGAUUGACAGAAAGAAAGGAAACUGCACCAUAGGUUGACCUGGUCGAAAAUAGGGGACGGACAAAAAUAGAAUGAGAGGGAGCAGAUUAUGACCACAAACUGCUGGCUCACUCAGGUGUGGAACGACUACAGGUUGAUGUGGGAUCCAGAAGAGUAUGAGGGAGUCCGAAAAGUUCGCCUUCCGUCCCGACACAUAUGGCUGCCAGACAUUGUCCUCUACAAUAAUGCUGAUGGGACAUACGAGGUGUCCUUCUACUCCAACGCUGUUGUGUCCAGCAAUGGCGAGGUUGCCUGGCUACCACCAGCCAUCUACAAGAGUGCCUGUAAAAUCGAAGUUCGCGACUUCCCUUUUGACCAGCAGAACUGCACGCUCAAGUUCCGCUCAUGGACUUACGACCACACUGAGAUUGACAUGAUCUUACUGUCGGACUUCGCCAGCCGGGACGACUUCAAACCGAGCGGCGAGUGGGACAUCAUCUCCCUACCUGGCCGCAAGAACGAAGAUCCCGAUGACGAAACCUACCUGGACAUCACGUACGAUUUCAUCAUCAGGCGUAAGCCCCUGUUUUACACCAUCAACCUCAUCAUCCCUUGUGUUCUCAUCACGUCUCUUGCCAUCCUGGUCUUCUACCUGCCUUCCGACUGCGGUGAAAAGAUGACCCUGUGUAUCUCGGUCCUUCUGGCCCUCACUGUCUUCCUGCUGCUGAUCUCAAAAAUCGUCCCGCCGACCUCCCUGGCCGUUCCUCUGAUUGGCAAGUACCUGAUGUUCACCAUGGUCUUGGUGACCUUUUCUAUUGUCACGAGUGUUUGCGUCCUAAAUGUUCAUCACCGUUCUCCAAGCACACACACCAUGCCCCCCUGGGUCAAGCACUUCUUCCUGCAUCGCCUGCCUGCCUUCCUAUUCAUGCGAAGGCCUGGGGCGUCCAACAUCCGGGAGAAGUUCCGGCGCAAGCACCAGCAGCGGUCGUUCUCGGAGAUGCCCGCCAAAGGCGAGCAGGAUGCUUCCGACUCAACGUUCUUCGUGAACGAGGACACUGCCAAGCACAUGGGCUGGAGGAGCACUGACCUGCCAGAGAACUCUGAGCUCCGUAAGCGACUGGCGGUUAAGUGCUCCGUGGACAUGGAGGAGGCUAUGGAGGGUGUAAGAUACAUUGCUGACAAGAUGAAGAGCGAGGAUGAUGAUGAGGGGAUUAUUGAGGACUGGAAAUAUGUGGCCAUGGUAAUAGACCGACUCUUCCUGUGGAUCUUUGUGUUGGUGUGUGUUGCUGGAACUGUCGGGCUCUUCAUGCAGCCUCUCUUCAAGAGCUACAACACUCCUAUCAUGGACAACAUGGAGUGAAACACACUUACACACACACACACACAGUCCAGAUUUUGAAUCCUACAGCUCGGCCUGCGGCAAAAAGGCUUACUCACUGUUCGAAGGAGCAGAUCAGCACAGGGCUCAGAUUACACAACCUCAACAUUAUCAACAUUAUCACCCGACUCUACACACUCAACUCUACACACCUCACAGAGCUGCAGCCAACACACACACACUGGGUACAACGGUGGGACCAGUACACAGCAACCAGACAUGGUUAACAACUGACUUAAACCUAACCUUAAACUUGGACUCUUUUAAAAACUCUUCAAAAGUCUUUAACACUGUGCCCACAUAAUCCACCACCUAAUCCUGCCAUACACAAACCAGUUAUAAUAAUCACCACCACCUUCCACUCACAGUCUCCAUCAUGAACUGCCAAGCCUAAAUCACCACUAUACCUCCAUCAUCACCUUUUAACGACAAUAAACAAUGAACACAUACCCUCACUGCGUCAUAUUGGUUUAUGUGCAAAAUAAUGGGCAAAAUAACAGGCCAAAUUAAAAGCAAUACAAUUUCACAAUUAAUUUAUUGACCAAACAGUCUAAAAAAGCAUUUCAUUUAAUUGUCCAUAAUUAGAUUAUAAUAUUAUAAAACAUUACAAUAUUUAUAAUAUGCAAUAAUUCUCUCAGACUGUUACACCAAAAACCAUAUAAAAACGGAACAACUGGAAGUUCUACUUGCCAGGACUGAUCCACUGUUUUAGUUCUUCAUCCAGUAUACUGUUGUACAAAAGGGUUCUUUAAUUGUUGUUGUUGUAGAAGUACUUUAGGUUCUAUAAAGAGCUGGUAAAUUGGUGAGGAAGCUUUACAUAGACUUCUUUAAACCUUUAACUUUGCGGAACAAAAUUAGGUAGAUUAGGUGAAGCUAUAGAAAACAAUUGGUACUAUUAAAUGCAAUUUUCUAAAUAAAAUAUAUUAUGAUCCUUGUAAAAUGUCUUACCUAUUUUGCAAAAACAAGCAAAAAUGUUUUUUUUCUCUGCCAUCACUUAAAUAACCAUUUUGGUUCCAGAACAUUUAUGUAAACAUUUAAAAAAUCAAAAAAAGGUCAUUUGACAGUUUAAACGUUCUUUACACUCACAUUACUAUUACAAACGUUUAUUUUAUAAAACCAAAAUACAUUUUUAUGGCAUCAUUCAAAGAACCAUUUUUGAUCAAUAAAAAUAUUUAUUUAUAAAUAAAAGUCACAUGAAGAACCUUUUAUAGGUUUUAAUAAUACACUUAAAUCUCUAUUGCAAAAUUGGUCAUUUUAUAAAAACAAAAACAGUUCUUUGAUUGAGGCCAUACAGGAAACACUUUAUGUUCUAAAAAGAUAAAUUUUUUGUGAUCUGUUAGUGUAACGAACAAUUCCAUUGCUGAAGGACCCUUUAUUGACUUUUUUAUACAUUUAAAGUGUUCUGCACACAACUACAGUAUCUGUUGUACUAAAAUGGUCUUUAAAUAAUCCCAAAAUGGUUCUUCUGUGGCAAUAUUCAAAGAACCCUUUGUAGCUGCUUCAUUAUUUUAUUUUGUUUGAGUUUAGCUCGUGGAUGCAGAUGCAACAUAGAUGCAAUACUUCAACAGUUGCUCCUUUGCAUACACAGAUUCUCACUCAUCCACACAGUUGCAGCCACUGAAGUGUUAUUAAUAAUAAAAAGGCCUGGCAUGAACCCACGGUACACUGGCACAAUGUAAAACCAUACAGUCUCACGCCACGCAGUGAUACGCCAGCAUACCUCAGGACUCACAGCUGCGUUUUAAAGACGUGUGUGUUUCUGAACUGUCCGAGGAAUUUUGGCCUGGCAUGUUUUUUUAUAAACUACUGUAUAACAGAGCUUUUCUGUCCAAAGAUACAAAUAUUUAUAUACUAAAUCAUAUUCAGAUACAAAUAUUACGCACUCGCAUGCAUGCACUGAACACACCUGCACUCUCCUGUCUGUCCCCUUCCUCGUUUGGGUUAAAACAUGCUUAAUUUUGUCGACAAAUAUGUAUUUUUCAGAAUGAAUGACAGCAUUGAUUUAUUCUCAUGGCUGGAUGAUGAUGAUGAUGAUGAUGAUGAUGAUGAUGAUGGAAUGUCUCUUUAUUAGAGUUACUGGAAGUACUAAAUAUGUAGAUGAUGAUAUCAUAUGACCGCAUUAU